AUGGCUAAUUGGCAUCAAUACUUUGAAAAUACUGACUUAAAUGACUGGAGCAUCCUAGGUUUUCAUCAAGCAUGGAUACAUGAGCACCGAGAAGAUCCAAAGAAGCCAAUGUAUCAAAAGGCAAAUGAUUAUAUAACAAAGAGUUUACAGUUGCUAAUUAAUAAUUGUCAGGAUGAAGAGAAGGCACAGAAAGCCAUAUUACAGAAUGGUGCUAGUGACAAGAUAAAGGGUAAAUGUAAUGUUGGAAGUGAACUUGAUGUCUUGUGUACACCUGUAGAAUAUCAGAAUUGUCAAAAAUUGGAACAUGCAAAGUUGAAUUGUGAUCAGUUUGAUAAUGUCGCUAGUUACUCCUGCACAUUAACUAAAACGGUUAAUUCAGUUUCAACAAGACAAGAAGCAAAUAAAGGUCCUGAUCCACAACCAAAGGGAGCAAGGACACCCCCACCAAGAUCUUUGAAUGAAGAGAGACUUCUUUCUACUCCAAACAAGUGA